AAAUCAUUCACAUUCGACCAUGUGUUCCCUGGUCAAAGUACACAGGAAUCAGUUUAUUCAGAUUGCGCCCAGCCUUUGCUAAAGAAGUUCACAGACGGAUUCAAUGUUACCAUCCUCGCCUAUGGUCAAACCGGCUCAGGAAAAACUUAUUCCAUGGGAACCAGUUUUGAUAAUGGGAUCCAUCGCGAACAGCAAGGAAUUGUGCCUCGAUUCAUCUCCGAUCUGUAUCAACAAAUGGAAGCACAGAAAUCGCAAUCGCCUGACUUCCAGUAUCAAGUCUCGGUCUCGUUUCUUGAACUUUACAAUGAAGACUUGAUCGAUCUUCUUAAUCGCCAACCCAACCAGCGACGACGCUCAGCGCUUGGCAUGCCUCCACCUGAUUCAAUCGAAGUUUCCAUCCGCGAAGAUGUUUUUGGCAAUAUUUAUUGGAGUGGUGUAAGGGAAGAACCCUGUGCGGAUCCCGAGGAGCUUUUGAGCUUGCUGCAAAAGGGUUCAUUAUGUAGAACCACAGGUUCAACUGACAUGAAUGCCGUGUCAUCUCGGUCUCAUGCCAUUUUUACAGUGACUUUGAAGCAACAGUCACCAUCGAAAGCAACAGAAGAGAACACUAAUCAAGUUUCCAGCUUGAUUAGCAAAUUUCACUUUGUUGAUCUGGCUGGUUCUGAAAGACUCAAAAGAACCAAUGCGCAAGGUGAUAGAGCAAAGGAAGGAAUAUCUAUCAACUCGGGAUUGUUAGCCCUUGGCAAUGUCAUCUCCGCCCUGGGAGACGAAUCUCGUAGAGCUGCCCAUGUUCCUUACCGUGAUUCAAAACUAACAAGAUUAUUACAAGACUCUCUUGGUGGCAAUUCUCAAACUUUAAUGCUAGCAUGCAUUUCUCCCGCCGAUACCAAUUUCAUGGAGACUCUCAAUACCCUUAAAUACGCCAACCGUGCCCGCAACAUCAAAAAUAGAGUCACCAUUAACCAAGAG